AUGUUAUUUCAAGACGAGUAUCCGUUACAAUUUCUUCCAUUUCACGUACAUAAUGUUCUUAUUGACACAUCUGUAUUACCAUCAAAUAUAAUGUCAUUACAUGAUGAUAAAUUUAUUGAUUUUGUUAAAGCAGAAGCCGGUGAUGCAGCUGCUGCUCUACUUGAAGUUCAAGGUCAACAUUAUUCUAUAUCAAUACAAAAUGAUUUAGAUGGCGUAUUAAAAGGUAAUAUAAAAUGUUGUUGUGAAAAAUGGUUGUCAUUGACAUUAAGACGUGGUAAAUUUCAAAUGUCUAACUUCUAUAGACAUUUACAAGGUUUACGUAAUGGUAAUAUAUGUAAUGCAAUGAAAGAAAUGAUAAAUAAUUCUCAACCAACAUCAUCGUUAUCAACAAAUAAUCAACAACCAUUUACAACACCAGAUAAUGUACCUCAACAAAUAUUGUCACCAAAUCUCGUGCCUACUAUAUCACCACUGGUCACAGUUCCAUCAAUUUCAACUUCAUCUACAUUAUCUUCUGUCUCAAUAUCAACAGAGGAUGAAAGUAUCAGAAAACCAUCAUCGUCAUUAGUAACGAAGAGACAAGUAAAAAGAAAGAUUCAAAUUAUAGAACCUUCAUACAACACAAGAGAAUCAGCAAAAAGAACAAGAAGAAGAUAAGAUUUACAUUUAUUUGUUUGUACUUCUUAACUUAGUUCUUUGAUGGUCUCUUAUUCAAUAAGUUUUUAUAUUAAAUGGAUGUUCUUUUAACUUAGUACUUCACUUAUUCUUCUCUUGCAUGCUUGUUCUGUUCAGUAAUUGAUUGUUUUUAUGCUUAUAAGUUCGUUUUUUCAAAUUGUUUUUUACAUUUUACCAGUGGUUUUAAACAAAUAUAUAAAAUACUGAUAGUAGUAUCAGUAAUAUAUAUAUGUAGCUAUAUAUAACUCGCUAAGUCAAGAUCUAGAUUUCGUGUGCUUUUUUCUGAUUCUAGUUUUUCGAUUGUCGGUUAACCGAAA